AUGUUUUUAUCUGAAGAUUUAGAUCCAGAAGAAUUAAAGAAUGAAGCAAAUAUAAAAUGGAAAAAUGGAGAAUUAGAAGAUGCUAAUAACUUAUGGAGAAAAGCAUUAAAAGAAUGUAUAAAAUACUCAAUGAGAGGAUAUCCAACAACGAAAAAUAGAGAUAUGCAAAUAAGUUUACGAUUAAACCUAUCUUUGUAUCAUUUUAAAAAAAAGGAAUUUUCUGAGUGCAUUAAUCAAUGUAAUAUAAUUUUAGAAAAUUUAAUGAAUCUAGAUGAGAUAUUAAAUUAUUAUGAAAAUAAUGAAAAGAGUGAAAAGGAAGUAAAUAAAAUAAAUGAAGAGAAAAAAGAUGAUGCAACCAAUGAAAAUAAAUAUAUAAAAAAGGAUACUCUUAUAAAAAUAUUUCUGAGAAGAGCCAAUUCAUUUUUAUGUAUUCAAGAUUUUGAUAAAUGUAGAGAAAAUAUAAAAUUAAUUAUGAGAUUGGAUAAUAAAAAUUCAGAAACGGCAACUUUAGAGAAGAAAAUGAAAAUUGAGGAAAUGGAUUAUAAUAAAAAGCAAAAAGAAUUAUACAAAAAAAUGUGUAAUACAAGUAAAAAAAAAGAAUAA